GAAAAUUUGCUACACGUUUCCGGCGACGACAAAAAAAAAGAUUUGCAAGCUAUGUUAUAAAGAGCUACUUCAACAUUUAAAGGCCGUAUAGAGUAACCACAGAAAUGAUUAUUGAAAACGUCGAAGCUUUGAAGAAAUGGGUGAUGGAUACUGUUGCACCGAUUUGUGAUGCAGAUCCAGAGCCAUUGUCACGCUAUUGCUUAGCUUUGGUGAAGAAAGAUAAAUCUGAGUCUGAACUACGAGAAUUUUGUCUAGAUCAGCUAGAGGUCUUCUUACAGGGCAAGACAGCAGGCUUUGUUGAUGUUCUUUUCGAUGCUUUAAAGUCAAAAGCUUACCUCCAAACCAAAGGAAAACUAGAUGUAUCAGAUAUCAUUCAGGAGACACCCUCCUCGACAACAGAUGAUAUAAAGGUCAAAGAAGAACCAAAAGAGCCUCCAGUUAAAAGAAGCAACAGUAAGGAAGAUCAAAAAGAUUUACGAGAUGUUAUCAGGAAACGACACAGUUCAAGAAGUCCUAGUCCUCGAAGGAGAGAAUUUGAUGAAAGAAGACGGAGAGUUGAUGACAGGAGAAUUAGGCGAAGAACUAGAUCAAGAAGUCCAUACAGACCACCUAGAGCUCGAUCUCCGAGAGCAUGGUCACCAAGAGGGAGAUCAAAGUCGCCAAGACACUGGUCACCUAGGGCAAGAUCCCCUAGAUUGAGGUCAAGAUCACCAAGAGGUCGAAGUCCUAGGAGGAUUGUAAGGGAAUCACCAAAAAGAUGGUCACGAUCACCAAGAUCUAGGUCUCCAAGAGGAAGAUCACCUGGUUACAGGUCACCCAAAGCUAGAGCCAGGUCACCAAGGUCACCCAGGCGAUCUGGAUCAUGGAGUAGGUCAAGGUCAAGAUCCAGAUCUACCCCUAGGUCACGUUCUAGGUCGGGAUCAAGGUCUCCAGGAAGGAAAAGAGACAGCAGAGGUCCGACUCCAACUAUGGAUAAUGGAAAAUAUGUAGAAUCUAGUAUUCCUGUCAUGGGGGUCACUGUCUACAGCACAGCUAGAACGGAAUCCAAUGAGACUAAGCCGUCAACUGUUAAAUCACUGCCCAGAUGCAAAGAUUACGAUGAGCAGGGAUUCUGCAUGAGAGGAGACUUGUGUCCAUUUGACCAUGGAAUAGAUCCAGUCAUUGUUGACGAUGUUCCUAUCACAUCAUACCCUCCUCCUUCAGGACCACCACCUCCUCCAGCCAGUGGAGCACCACCAAUGCCACCACAUGGUGGACCACCACCACAAAUUAUACGGCCUCCACCACCCAGGCCAGAACAUUUCGAACCUUACAAUCCAGAAGCACCAGCCAUGAGCAGGCCUCCACCAUAUUGGACUGGACCUCCUCCACCUCUUGGUGGUCCACCUCCACAAAGACCUCCUGGGAUGUUUAUGAUGCAUGGACCUCCCCUUCCUCCAAACUUGAACCAGCAGAGACCAAGGGACCUUGUUAAUAUACAAACUAUGCCUAAUCAAAGAAAUGACGAGCCCCCCAUCCAUCCUCCUGGCACUGAGCCUGUACAUAUCCCUCCUCCACCACAAUCUCAACCUGAGAGGACAGUCAUUGCACCAAAGAGGCCUUAUGAUAAUGGACAAGACAGACAUUACGGAGGGCCACCUUCAAAGAAACCGUUUGAUUACAAUAGGAUUGGAGGUUACAGAAAACCAGGAGCUAAUAACACCAAUACAACAUUAGAACUGAGGAAAGUUCCAAGGGAGAAUAACAAUAUUGCCAAAUUGUAUGAAUACUUUGGAAAGUUUGGUACACUCACCAAUGUACAGGUAUCUUUUGAAGGAGACCCAGAAGCUGCUGUGAUAUGUUUUGCCAACAAUGCCCAGGCCUUUGCUGCCUACAGGAGUAGUGAACCAGUUUUCAACAACAGAUUUAUUAAAGUCUUCUGGCAUAAACCAAAAGAUAAAAAAGAACAGGGAGAUGACUCAAACACAACGACAUCUGAUGCAACAAGUACAACACCAACUCCUCCUCCACCCAAACAGAAGGAUGAAAGAAAUGUCAAAUUACGUGUGGAAAUUCCUCCUGCUCACAAAUUGUCGCUAAACAAUACAAUACCCAAACAGUAUGAUGCUUCCAAACCAGAAAAGAGUAUUGUGUACACACCAUCCUUGGGGGUUAUUACAAAGACUGUGUACAAUCCCAAAGUGUCACCGGCUGCCAAACCAAAACUCACUAGUCCAACAUCCAUAGGGUCGGCCCAGUUUGUGUCAAAGAUAGAGGCCAUUAAAAAAGCAGAAGACCUAAAGAAAGAGGCAGCCAAGAAAAAAGCAGAGAUACAAAAACAGAAACAAGAACUGUUGCAGAAACAAAUAGAACAGCAGAAAAAAUUGAUAGAGAAGUUGGAAAAGAAUAAGGUGUUGUCAGCUACGGACAAGGAUAAAAUAAAAGAGACUUUAAAGAUACUCACAGGUAGUAUAGAGAGGCUAACCAAAGAAGUGGUACCUGUCAUCCAGAAAUCUACACCACCUAGCACACCCGAGUUACCUGUUAUUACAUCACCAGAACAGGCAAAGAAGGAGAUUCUUGACACAGAAUUAGAAUUGUUUAACAAGCAGCAAAGUGGUGAAGACACAAUAAUACUCAGGAAAAAACUUAAUGAACUUACUAAACAGGCUACAGCUAUGGGUCUGAUAGGUCGAGGCAGAGGUCGCGGAGCCAUCAGAGGUGGUAGAGGUCGAGGUUUCAUCCCAAACCGUGGUGCUAUGACAUGGGUAGCUGGAGGUGCUGCACGAGGAACAAGUCCAUUCUCUCUUGGUCGAGGUGCUAGUCAAUUCCCAGCAGUUAACAACAGUAGGUCGUUAGACAACAGACCUAAACAGUUUGAAGUGAUCGGCUUCAAAGCUGAACAGAAAGAUCAGUUGGAGACUCAUUUUAAGCAAUAUGGAAUGGUAGAAAGAAUUGACUUUGAUGAUGUAGAUAACAGUGCAAUAGUCUCCUUUAAAACAAGACAAGAUGCAGAACAUGCAGUUCUACGUGGUGCUAAGUUACAAGACAGUGUAUUGACAAUGAAAUGGCAUACAGGAGUUAAAAUUAACAUUCGCCUCAAUGUUAGCAGUGAUGAUAGUUUUACAGGGGAACAUCACGACACUACAGAUGAGGGAACAGAAGAGAUUGAUGAAGAGGCAUUGCUAGCUGACGAAGAGGAUCUGUUAAGGGUCGAGGAUGAAGAAGAAGAGGAUGAAGAAAGUAGGUCAUGGAGAAGAUGAUCAAGGUCAAAGUGUAGACGAACUGAGGAAGACAGUCAAAGAGGAUUUUUAUGUUCUGCUGUUCUCAACAACUAAUGAAAAAGAGAGUUGAAAAAUACAUUUAGUUGAGAAUUCAAAGUGGUUGAAAUAAAAUAAAUGUGAUAUGCAUGUCAUUUAUCAGAUGUGAUAUUGAAAAGGACUGUUUAAAGUUCAUUUUUGGAGUUUUAAUAGUUAAACUUUUAAAAAUGUUUCCCAAAAAUAGAAAUAAAAGUUUGAUUAUAAAGUAUUGAUAGCAACAAUUAUGGUUAAUAUUGAAAACAUGUUGAUAUUAGGUAAAUAUAAUAGAACAUUGUUUCAGACCUAAAAUGUAGGUUUCAAAACUUCUCUUUUGAGAAACAGUAGCUGAUAACUUUCUACUAGUCAGUUGUGUCAUUUAAUUAGUUUGCUAGUUGAUAGUUUGAAAAGCAACUUAAAUAUGUCAAAAAUUGAUUUGCUACAGUCUUACAGCAGAAAUGCUGAAUAUUUACAAUUAAGCCAAAGUGCUUUGUGAUUUUAAGUCAGUAUGUAAGUAGAUGGAUGUGGUAGAACAUAUGGAUAUGUAAUACUUUAUUGUGUUCAUUUUGCAAAAUAAAUAUAUUUGGUGCACUGUCUGUUACUGUGUGAAAUGUGUAGAGUGAAUUGAGUAGGAAGGAGGAGGUGUGAUAAAUUUUUUUUCGAGGGGGGUUUGGGGGAGUGGGGGGGGGGGUAUCAUCACAGAAACUCAAUAUUUAUAUGGUACAGUUUUCUUUAUAGUUCUGUCUUUAGUUCCUUGUUGUUCCUGUUCAUCUAAGUUGUCACCUUUCCAUCUUUAUCAGUCUUUUGAUUAUAUAUGUUAAGAGAGGAAGAUAAACUUUACCCUUAUUGUUAUAAUGAAACCAUAUAUAAUUUGGUCAAUUGAAGGUAUUUUUGUUACUUGUUAUCCAUUAUGCCUUCUCUUUUUUCUCAUUCCAAAAUCAAAUAUUUUAUUCUGUGAUGUAAUGAUUGCUGUUUUUGUGUGUUAAUUUAUAUAUUCAAUUGUUGGGUGAGAUAUUAUAACUGCUUUUGUCAAAGAAAAGAGUCAAAAGUGGAAAUGAGUAAAAAUUUGAAAUGCAAUAGAACAUGUUGUAUGUAGAUGAAACUGUGGUGAGAGUUGUGCAAGUUGUUUUGUUAAUGUCUGUUUUUAUGAGAAGAAUGCUGAAAUAUUAAAUUGGUAUAAAAUAUGAAUGCUUGCCAUAUUUGUGACAAAUUGUAAAUAUAGAAUUGAUAAAAUGAUGGGAAAGCAA